AUUAGGAUUUUCCGAGGGGCUCGUGAAGUGCUCUCAUGUCUGCAUCCUGUUGCCCUCGCUGAGCUGUGUGUGCACGUGUGGGUGGAGGUGUGUGUGUGUGUGUGUACAAGGUGUGGGAGGAGGAACGCAGGGAGCGGCUGGUAUGAUGAAGAACAGGUCGUACUGACUCAGGUUCGAUCCCCCACAUCCCGAGUCCUGACACCGGGCCGACGGGACCGACUGAAGCCGGGAUGGACUUCGUGCUGAGCGGGACGGCGGCGUGCGGCGCGUGUCUGUUCACCAACCCGCUGGAGGUGGUGAAGACGCGGAUGCAGCUGCAGGGCGAGCUCCGGAGCCGGGGCACCUACCAGGUGUACUACCGCAACGUGUUCCACGCCUUCUACACCAUCGGGAAAGUGGACGGGCUGGCCGGCCUGCAGAAAGGUCUGGUGCCCGGGCUCGUCUACCAGUUCUGCAUGAACGGAGUCAGACUCGGCUCCUACGCCGUCAUCGAGUCCUCCGGCUACAUCCACACCAACGGGAGGGUCAGCGCGGUCAAGACCACGCUAGCAGGGGCCGCGGCUGGAGUGGUGGGAGCCGUGAUUGGCAGCCCCGUGUACCUGGUCAAGACUCAUCUGCAGAGUCAGUCCACAUCCUCCAUUGCUGUGGGUCAUCAAUACAAACACCAGGGGAUGAUCCACGCUCUGGCAGCCAUCCACAGGGAGCAUGGCAUUCUGGGUCUGUGGAGAGGCUCCAGUGCUGCCAUACCCAGGGUCAGCGUGGGGUCGUCCGCUCAGCUCUCCACCUUCUCCUCCGCCAAGGAGCUGGUCAUUGACCUUCAGAUUUUCCCAAAGGACAGCUGGUUGGUGGCCCUGAGCGCCGGUAUGAUCAGCAGUGUGGUGGUGGUGAUCGCUAUGACGCCGUUUGACGUGGUCAGCACACGGCUCUACAACCAGCCAGUGGACCCUGCGGGCAAGGGGCUGAUUUAUGAGGGAUUCGCCGACUGCUUUUCCAAGACGCUGAGGAAGGAGGGCUUGACGGGACUCUACAAAGGCCUGGGAGCCUCUUACUUCCGGCUCGGACCACACACUAUUCUGUCCUUGUUCUUCUGGGACGAACUGCGCAAAAUGUACCAGAAGGACAGAUAACACCAGGAGGACGAGGAGACUGGGGGGAAGCGGUAACUCAUUCAGCUCAGAGUGCAAAGGUUUAAUGAGUUUUACUAUUAUGAGGUUAAAGAAAAACCAAGAGAUGCUCGGUGUCCUUGACGGGAACGAGAAAACAGAGCAAAGGUAACAUUUUACACUCCAUUAAGAAAAGAAACAGGCACAGACAAAUAGCUCCAGAGAGGAAGGACAAACUGCAGUGAAGAGCAGUGAGCAGUUCUGUCUGACGGGUAUAAUGUGAUGAGAACAUGCACAGAGACCAACAGACCUCAUAUACAGUUCAAAUGUAAUUCCAAUAGAUAUCUCACAGUGUGCAGUGGGCUCGACAGUGUGAGAACAUGAAUGGACUGGCAGUGUAAGUGGCACAGUAAGAAACUUAAAUGACAUGGCUGGUCCAAUUGUGCAGGUGGAGGCUGCUUCAUGCUUUACUAACAUAGUUAUUAGUCUAAACCAGCGUAGAAGCCACUUUGCUUUCAAGCCAGGUAAAAAGUGCUCAAGAAAUCCUGCUGAUCAUUGAUCCUAAAGUUUGAAGAGAUACCAAACACAUGUGAGGCUGAAUUUAGAGGAAAUGUGUAUGAUAUGAAGUCUUGAGUUUGGAUUCUUUACUCUGUCAAUGUACGGUGGCCGAGGAGGGCAAACGCGCUGCAACAGGCCCAAACCUUUUCCUAAGGAGAAACGUGCCACAAAUUCACAAGUAAGGCAAAUUCAAAGAAACAUCGAUCAACUGAAUCAUGCUGGAAAUGAAAAACUGUCCUGCAGGAAGCAGAAACUAAUAUUAAGUGUAAACACGCAGUCAAUUCAGAAACUAUGCAAAACCCAAAACACAUAAACCCUAAACACAAAUUAAACAGAAAACACUCAGGUUAUAACCAGUCAAGCCGCACCAAGUUACACACUCAUGGGUAUCAGUUUCCUAAAUACACCUAUUUUUUUCCAUCAACAUCUCAUCAUUAUUUCUUGAGAAAUUCACAAAAAAUAUUUCUGAAUCGGGCCUAUUAAUCGAAUCCGCUCUAAAAGUGAAUGGGUUCUUCCUUGGCCCACAUCCCACCCUUCCACCACGUUUCAAUAAAUUAUAAAAAAGGGUUCCGCAGUUUUUGCGUUAUCCUGCAAACUAGUCUGACAAACAGCAAUGAAAACGUAACCUCAUUGGCAGAAGUAAAGAUUCUGCAAGUCCUCCAAGCCUCUAGGGGGAGCACUAAGUGGAACAGCUUUAACAGCACCACAGGCAUAAAAAGAUAAGUCAAAAUGUAAACAAUGUUUAUCUUUGAAUGUUGCAUCUUCACUCCAUCUUUCUUUACAUUAUUCAUUACUAGUGAUUUAAGUAGUGGCUGAGUCUUUGAACAUGGCAGCACUGUCGCAAGAUAAACACACACACUCCAACUGACUUUCCACAACAGAAGAGGAGGCUCAUGUUACUACUGUUUAUUUUGUAUGAUAGUCGGAGCUUUGGUCUUAUAUGAAGAUAUUUAUACAGCAGGGGAACAAGUUAAAGCAACUUGUUCUAAAUUAGAUGACAGGUAAUGUAAAUUUGACUUUAAUAAUAAUCACUAGACAGUGACAGUUGUCCUUUUUAAACAGCUCAAACAGUUCUGCCUAGAAACAUUCCCUGUCUAACAAACUUUGUGCCAAAACUUUUGCCAUUUAUUUCGUUCACAUUAAAAAAUGGCUCAUGGGGCCUUAACCAUUUUAUUUGAGUUGAGAUUUUAAUCAAGAGUGAAAAGCAUUUAAUUUUUCUGAAUGAUUAACACGGUGUGCUGUCCACUAACUCUUAGAAACACUGGUUACAACUACAGACUUCAAAGUGAAGGGUUACUGGUUGGUUUAUAUCAUUUAGGAUCCUGAGGAAUUUUAUUUGAGAGUUAAAGGACUGAGGAAAAUGUAAAAUGAUGCAAAAACGUUUUUGAUCCUUGUUUGGAAACUGCUGGACUCUGUUACAGUUGUCAGGUUUCUGAUGACUUGUGUCCUGUGCUGUAUCAGACAAGGUCUUGUCAGUUGUGUGAGUUGAUCAGGGUCCGUGAUUGUUACAUGCGGCAGCUUGGAAAUGUUUCAUUAAUGUAUGAUAACAUGGACGUCCUGUUACGGAACGGACACGAAGAGCAAAUAAAAAGUGAUUUGAUUGUU